GGCAACGGGGUGGGGCCUGCGGGCGGGCCGCCCUCCACCGCCGCCCUCGCCCGGCAGCCCCGGGCCCGGCGCUCCCCCGCCCGGCGCGGGUCCGGGUCCGGGUCCGGGCCCGGGCUCGGUCUGCGCGGCCCGGCCCGCCUCAGGGAGGAUGGGGCAGCCGCCGAGACCGGCGAACGGCAGCGGCCCGUCGGCGCCAUGACCGGCGAGAAGAAGAAGAAGAAGCGGCUCAACCGCAGCGUCCUGCUGGCCAAGAAGAUCGUUAUCCGGGACGGGGCCGGCCGACAGGGGAUUGGAGAGCCCAGUGUGUACCAUGCCGUGGUGGUCAUUUUCCUGGAGUUCUUUGCCUGGGGGCUGCUGACCACGCCGAUGCUAACGGUGUUACACCAGACUUUUCCUCAGCAUACGUUCCUGAUGAAUGGCCUGAUUCAUGGAGUCAAAGGUCUGCUUUCUUUUCUAAGUGCCCCCCUGAUUGGUGCUCUCUCUGAUGUCUGGGGCAGGAAAUCCUUCCUCCUCCUCACUGUCUUCUUCACCUGUGCGCCAAUUCCCCUUAUGAAGAUCAGUCCGUGGUGGUAUUUUGCUGUCAUUUCCAUGUCUGGAGUCUUUGCUGUCACCUUUUCUGUGAUUUUUGCCUACGUUGCUGAUAUCACACAGGAGCAUGAACGCAGCACGGCGUAUGGCUUGGUGUCAGCCACGUUUGCUGCUAGUCUGGUCACAAGCCCAGCAAUUGGUGCAUACCUUUCCCAAGCCUACGGCGAUACGUUGGUGGUUGUGCUAGCGUCAGGCGUUGCUUUGCUGGAUAUUGGUUUCAUCCUGCUGGCUGUGCCGGAGUCUCUGCCAGAAGAGAUGCGUCCGGUCUCUUGGGGAGCUCCAAUCUCUUGGGAACAAGCAGACCCGUUUGCUUCCUUGCGGAAAGUGGGUCAGGAUUCUACAGUGCUGCUCAUCUGUAUCACCGUCUUUCUCUCCUACCUUCCUGAAGCCGGCCAGUACUCCAGCUUUUUCCUCUACCUGCGACAGGUCAUUGGUUUUUCCUCGGAGACUGUGGCAGCUUUUAUUGGCGUAGUUGGAAUUCUCUCUAUACUGGCUCAGACAGUAGUGUUGGGAAUUCUCAUGCGUUCGAUAGGAAAUAAAAACACCAUCCUGUUGGGACUGGGCUUCCAGAUCCUGCAGCUUGCCUGGUACGGCUUUGGGUCACAGCCUUGGAUGAUGUGGGCAGCCGGAGCUGUGGCUGCCAUGUCCAGCAUCACCUUCCCAGCCAUCAGUGCCAUGGUGUCUAGGAACGCAGACCCCGACCAACAGGGUGUGGUGCAGGGGAUGAUCACUGGAAUUCGGGGUCUGUGUAACGGCCUGGGGCCAGCGCUCUAUGGCUUUGUCUUCUAUCUCUUCCACGUGGAGCUGAAUGAAAUGGCUGAGGUGGAAACUUUGGGUAAAGCCUCCAAACCCAACAUGGCCAACCCUACGGAUGAGAGCAGCAUUAUCCCAGGGCCUCCGUUCCUGUUUGGGGCUUGUUCAGUCCUGCUGUCGCUCCUGGUGGCCUUGUUCAUUCCAGAACACAACCUUGCACUGAGAUCAGGCAGCCACAAGAAGCACAGUAACGGAGCGCAGACCCACGCCCACAGCCCGCAGGCCGGAGGAGCAGAAGGCAAGGAGCCGCUGCUGGAGGACAGCAGCGUGUGAGGCUGGGGAGAAGGACCUGGCUUGUGUCUCAACUCCAGAGCAAGGAUGGACUCAGCCAGUGGGAGUUCGGGUGGGGGGAAAGAAGAAACGAGGUAACAGACUGUACCACUAACAGCUAAUGAGAAGGGACAGAGUUUCCCUUCAAGCCAAAUAUACCCAGCAGGGGGCAAAAAUGGAAUUGUAUCACCUGGUGCUGACGGAAAGGGGAGAUCCUGAACUGCUCCACGGGAAGGGAUAGUUCUUUAAAGCAAACCUGCCCUUGUGUGAGAAUACUGAACUUCGUGGUGUGACCUGCCAAAUACUCAACUCGCCAGUGAAAAAUUCAGGAGCUAGCGUUGUUUUUGUUCUGAUGUGGACUAACUGAGUUGCCAGCCAGAGUAAAACAAGGCGUCUGUUACGUGCCCCGUCCCCUCGUAUAAUUGGUACUUGCUACCGGUCCCGUCACAGCCCGGCUGGCUGCCAGUGGCCCUGGGACAGCCCGGACGCUGGCUGCACAGCCUGCGCCGAGACACCGAGGAAAAACUGUGCGUGUUCGAAGAAGCGAUAGUGUAGUCACCUGGGAGCGGCUCCUCGCUGCUAGAGGAUCUGAUGAAUUUGUCCAUUCUGGCCCAAGUGAAACUUAGACCAAAAAAAAUAAAAAGAAAUAAUCUACUGACUUCAUGUUGUGCUGAAGAUAAGAAAAAUUAAGAAGUAAAGUUGCAACUGACACAAGGGAGAAUGGGCAGAGGAGAGAAGGGCAACUACAGGAAUUACAAAUGCUUAGAUGGUCAACAUUUGUAUUUCUGUUUGUUUUUUCUUCUUGUGGUACGCUGAUGUAACAUUUGUCUGUCGCUACCUCCAUAGGUAGUAGGUAGAAGGAUUUUUCAGAAGUCUUUUUCUGGAACUGUAAGGGUUGUUUAGAAAAUACAGUUCCCUGAGAGGCUGCAGAAACAACUGAACUCUGCUAAGCACUUUGGUAAAGAGUGGUUUCCUGAGAGAAAGGUCAAAGAAAUAGCUGUUUGUCUUGAGCACUUUUUAUAAAGCAUGCUGAUUUUUUUCCCCGGGCUCUUGCCGUCUGAUAUUAAAACCAGAUAAUGACUGUAGCUUGUUUUUUCUCAGUCCAGUAGAUCCUGAUGGCGAUGAUUGCAAUUGAUUUGAACUUACAGGUUUGGGUUCCGUGUAGCGUUUCUGAGCCUGCUGUGAAGGCUUUCGUUUUGUUGAAAAAUGGAAUUGCAGGCUGUGCCGCAGGGCUCGGCUCUGGUUAGAAAGAGCAGCAGAUACUUGAAGUUGAGUGUUGUGAAAGAGGCAAAGACGAAACGUAUAGGGAACGCUUGGUUGUUCAUAGAUACGUAGAGAUGUGGCAGAGGGCAGGAAACAAUUGUUCUCAUUUUGAGUAAGAUCAAAAUGAAGGCAUUGAGCAAUCACUGGGGAAGUAAAGACCAAACUGGGAACACUUAAGAAAUUAGUUGUCCAGGAAUCGAGGGUUCAAUGGCCAAAACUAGUCCUGUCUCAGAGCGGGGUUUCUGUGGCAGCUGUUGUUCUCUGGCUGGGAUCCCGUCGCUGUGGGUUUGGGACGGUAACUUAGAGCAGAAGGGCCAAAGGGAGGGAGCGCUGUCACUUGGUGUCUCGGGUCUUUGCAAACGGGUGAUCGUGGCGGAUGCCGUGCCUGCGCUGCAGGGGCUGCAAAUGCCGUUUGCCUCUGGGUUUGAUGGAAAACACCAACUGGAUGAUGCUGGAGAGCUUGGUCCCUGACCUGCUACCAGUCCCUGGCUCUGCCCUGGCAGCGCAGCUCGUCUCGCUCCGGGGACAUGGGGGGACCUGAGCUCCGGGGUGUGCUCAGCGUCCGACCUCUGCGGUGCGCUCUCAGCGCGAGGGCUGGUUCCUGCUCACUUUGGGCAGAUGGAGAGCUGCGGUUUCGUGUAGGUCUCCCUAACGCCCGUCAGGUAUUAACAGCUUGGAACCACUGCCUGCCUGGACUGGUCUGAACUAAUAACGCAAUGUCUGUUUACCAGUUUUCUGGACCAGUUAGUUAUUGGAGGUGGACAUUUAAGUGAAAUAAUUCCUAGUUUGUUUUGCGUUAAUCCGGCCUGGUGCCCAGAUCCUGUAAUCAGAACUGUAAGAGUAGAUUAAUUGGCCGUGCAGAGGGCGGCCGCCUCGGACUCUGAGGGUUUGCUGAUGCGGAUCUAAUGCAGGACUGGAGCACAGAGUCUGUGACCUGCGGUGACUCCAGUUUUCCCCAGCUCAUUGUGGUGAUGCUCCAAAUUCCCAGACGUUACCGGGAUGGUCUGCACCGUGCGUGCACAGCAGACUUCUUUCCUGAAGGAAAUCCAGUCACUUAAACUUCCAGGCAGCAGCCCCAACUCUGUAUUGCUCACAAAAAUGCCUUUUUUAGACUGGAACUUUACCAAGUACAUCUGUGAUUAAUUUAUUUUCACUGUAUUGAAAUGACCUGAAGUAGGUUUGUCCCUCACACACAAACGAAACGAAACUCCGAAUCGUUACCUCCUUCACACUGAGGCACUUGGAGCUUCACGGGUAGAAUAUAGUGGAACGUUACAAAAAAAGACGAGCAUAAUUUAUAUGAUAUAAAGUAUAUAGAGAUAUAUUUUUUAAAGUCCUUUCCUUUAUUGAAUAGUUUAUUGAAACCGAUGUGUUUCUAGUCCCGUUGCCUCUUGCCGCCGCUGCUGCCUGCGGCGUCUCGCCCUCUCCUGCCCUUCAGACGGCGGAAUUACCCUGGCCAGCUUUCCUCUUCGGUUCCCGUCCGUCACGAUGCGACACCCGAAAUUCCAGCGACGCAGACAUCCCCCAGCUCAUGCUGGCACAGGGAGCCGGCCCUGGGACCCGCUCUGGGAACGGGGCUCCCCGUGUCACUUGUCCCCGGCGCCGGGAGCAGGCAGGGCUCCUUUCCAAGGGUUUGGAAUUGCUCUCACCCGGGUCACGGGGGGCUUCGGCCUCCGGUAACUCCCCUCCCCAUUGGCGUAGGGAUGCGACCCACCCACCGUUCUGCCUUUACGUGACAGGAGGGCUUGGGCCAAGCGGUGACGGAGGUGAAAUUACCAGACCUGAAUGACGAAUGUCUCAUUCUGAAGGGCCGGUAAUUCUGCAGCAUCCCACGUGGAGACUGGAAAAUCUGUACGGAGCGUUCAGCUAGUUUUGCCAAUUUUUGUUACUUUCUAUGAAAACGGAACUUUUUUUUAAAAGAGCCUUUUCUUAAAAUUCCCCUUGAUCGGCUGUGGGUGUAGUGCCUGAACCUGGCGGUUUAACAUCACUAUUCCUAGAAUUCGUCUGCGGGUCGGUAACAGCAACGCCCCGAACAUAAGGCAAAAAUUGGCUUAAUUGCCCUUCGGCAGCUCCAGUACAAUGGCAGCAGCUCCAGCGAGUUUAAACUGAUCUUGUCGCGUUAAUAAAAACCCUGCGUUAAACCAUUGCUUUCUCUUUUGCCAUUACUUUUGCAAACUAGUAACUUUGGACUUUGCUGUUUUGGGGUUUUGUUUUUUUUUUAUUCUUUUCUCUGCACUUGAACGGCUGCUCACAUCUCGGGUUAUCGUUAGGAAGGGGGGGCGGGUGGCAAGCCCACAUUCUCUGCAGAAUGGCGGUACUUCUGCUCUCUCAAAGUUUACUAUUGUGUGCAUUUCUGUAUAUCUUUUUUUUUUUUUUUAUUUUUUAAGCUAACGAUGAAAUGUAUUUAUUUCAGUUCCAGUUGUGUUCAGAACUGGCUAAUCUCUCCCUCUGAUAGAUUAUUUAUUAAACUGCUGCUUUCCUGUUGUGUUGAA